GCUUCCCGGAAGAGGAGGAGCCCCAGUGGGCGGGACCGGCUGCCCCCUUUACCGCCCGCCCUCCGCCCGCCCCUUCCUCAGGGUCGCAGCCGCUCCGUGAGGAGAGCGAGGAGGCCGGCCUGUCUCGCGGGGCGGAGGGGCGCCUGGGCAGCCCGAGCGGAAACUAAAAUGUCUUCAUGGCCCAAAGUAACCACAGAUCAAGCGCAAACACCCGAUCCUGAAAAAAGGCAGAGACCGGGGUGGAUUCCUCGACUUCUGGACAUCAACCCUUACAAAUCCAUUCAGAAGAGUUCUUACUCUCCUCCAGAAGGUUAUCCGAAGGAUCACGAGGAUGGUAACAGCUUUGAAGAACUUUUUGGGCAGCAGUAUCAUCCAUCAUCAACAGAGAAUGAAGAUAAUUACGAGAGACACCAGUACCUUCAGAAAGAUGACAGCCACACCAAGGAUGCUCAUCGCGAUAAAUUGUACAUGCAGUUUUACCAGCAGAUAGAGAAGGAAUACAACAGAGAAAGAGCUUCGGACUGUGUCAUCGUUUCCAUCAGCAAAGACCAAGCGGAAUAUUCAACAGCCAUAGGCCAUCGUUUGCAGGAUCAUGGCCUUGUGGUGGAAAUGAUAUACCUUACUUCUGAAUCAGGUCUUACACGUGCCCUCCAGGAAGUUAAAAACGAUGGUUCUCCAUUUUGCGUUCUUGUUGAACCAUCUAAUGUAACACUUUCCUCAUGCACCGUAAUCAUGCUUCAUCAGACUAUCAAAAUCCACCGUAAUAUGCCCAUGGAAGAUGCCCUGGCUCUGAUAGCUAAAGAGUUUGAGGAAAUUUUUGCUGAGCAUGAACAACAGCAGCGCACAGAGAUUUCCCACAAAGCAGCUGAUCUGGCGGAUGGCUUUCUAGAACGGGAGCUUUAUGAGAGUUACCAUGUGCCUCUAGGCAUUAGACACCUCCUCUUUCUGUUAAGUGAGGGAAAGCAUUUAUAUAUGGAAGAAUUGAACUCAAUAAGUGACUACCUGAAGACCAGGAGAAAUAAGCUUGAAGGUUUUGUUGCAGAAGCGAACACUUUAGCCGCCGCAGGUGAAGACGGCGAGUAUCCGAACGCCAGGCCGAGCGGGAGUGCUCUCCCUCCAACGCUGAGCAAGCCACCACCUCUUCUGCCAACCCCUGGUCGAACUCCUGUGUUUGGGCAGUCUGCUGUGCCCUCGCCUAAGCCAGCUUUGUUGGGCAAGAGACCGUUGGGGGCUCUUCUCCCCACUCCAGUAGUGCCGGCUGGCCCGAAGGGGAAACCACCUCCUCUUCUCACAAAGAUCAUCAAAAGACCGAUGCACCUAACUCCUCCACAUCUCCCCGCAAAGCGGCCACUGCUCGGGAGCAGACCUGGCCUACUACCCACACCUACCUACAGCUGCUCGGCCAACAUCCACCCGUCGUCCAUGGGCCUUUAAACCAAAGUUCCUGAACUCAGAGAUGAUGCCUGAACUAAUAAGGAAUUAAAUAAAGAAUUGUCCUAGAUGGCAGCAUUUCUCUUUUAAGAUAUAGCCGAGUUUGACAAAUGUAUGUUACCACUCCCGGCCACAUUAAAUGCAUCUUAUUUUCUGUUGUACACAUUCCUAAGAACAAAUUUUUUUUUUUUUUUUACUUAACACAACAUAAAUGUUUGUAGACAAUGGAUAUUGUAGAUUCCCUAAUGUUGACCUCUUCUCUAAAAUCAAUGUUGUUCAAAAUAAAUUACUUAUUUCCACA